AUGGCGCACAGGCUCGUGAGCACCCGGUGGACACCGUUAACCGGGCUGGUGGGGUGCCUGCUGGUGUGCACUUGUGUGGUGGACCUAGUUCUCGCACAGAUUCGGUACUCUAUCCCCGAGGAGUUGGAGCACGGAGCUUUUGUCGGUAAUAUCGCCGAGGACCUGGGCUUGAAUGUAGCCAAGCUGUCCUCUCGUCGGUUUCGGAUUGUAUCCGCGGCCAAAAAACAAUACUUAGAAGUGAAUCUGGAAAACGGUAUUUUGUUCGUUAAUGAGAAGAUUGACCGCGAGGAACUGUGUGAACGGAGUCCGACCUGCUUCUUGCACUUGCAAGUGGUGAUCGAGAAUCCGUUAGAACUGUACCGAGUGGAGGUGGAGAUUUUGGAUGUGAAUGACAACUUUCCCAAUUUCCCAUGGAGCGAGUUUAAUCUGGAGAUUACAGAGUCAGCGGCGCCCGGGUCUCGGUUCCCGUUGGAAAGUGCGCAGGACCAGGACGUGGGCACCAACUCGCUCCGCUCCUACCAGCUGAGCUCCAACGAACACUUUGUGCUGAACAUCCAGACGCGUAAUGAUGGGAGCAAGUUUGCCGAGCUAGUUCUGGAGACCCCACUGGACCGGGAGCAGCAGAAGACGCAUGAGAUGGUGCUCACAUCCGUGGACGGGGGGUCGCCUGAGCGCUCGGGCACAGCUCUCAUCACCAUCACGGUGCUGGAUGCCAACGACAACGUGCCCGUUUUCGACCAGUCUGUUUACCGGGCGAGCCUGGUAGAAAACGCACAGAGAGGGACAUUAGUGCUGAAGCUAAAUGCUACUGAUUUGGACGAGGGUGCGAACGGGGAGGUGUCCUAUGCAUUCAGUGGGCACGCACCACUCAAAGCGCGCGAGCUGUUCAGCGUAGACCAGUACACAGGUGAGAUCCGAGUGAAGGGGAUUGUGGACUAUGAGAAAGAGAGUGUGUAUGAGCUGUACGUGCAGGCUAAAGACAGGGGUCCCUCGGCAGUGGCCGUGCACAGUAAGGUGCUGGUGGAUAUCUUAGAUGUGAAUGACAACGCGCCAGAAGUCAUCCUCACCUCCGUGUCCACGCCUGUCCAGGAGGACGCGCCACCGGGAACGGUGAUAGCCGUUAUAAGCGUCAUGGACCGGGACUCGGGAGAGAACGGGAAUGUGGACUGCCAGAUCCCCAGCAACGUCCCCUUCCAGCUCCACUCCUCUUUUAAGAACUACUACACUCUGGUGACAAGCAAGUUUCUCGACAGAGAAGCCUUCUCCGAGUACAACAUUACCCUCACGGCCCGGGACUUGGGCUCCCCGUCCCUCUCCACGAGGAAAACCAUCCUCGUCCAAGUGUCUGACAUUAACGACAACCCCCCGCGCUUUGCCCAGCCAUCAUACACAGUUUAUGUGACUGAGAAUAAUGCCCCGGGCGCAUCCAUUUGCUCAGUCACUGCUUUCGACCCCGAUUCUAAUCAGAACGCCUAUCUGUCCUACUCGAUUCUAGAGGGUCAGAUCCAUGGCAUGCCCGUGUCCACUUACGUCUCCAUCAACUCGGACAACGGAAACAUCUACGCGCUGCGCUCCUUUGAUUACGAGCAGCUAAGGAACUUUCAGAUACGGGUGCAGGCGCAGGACGCCGGUUUCCCCCCACUCAGCAGCAAUGUCACAGUAAAUGUGUUCGUAUUGGACCAGAACGACAACUCUCCAGUCAUCGUGUCCCCCUUGCCCAAGAACGGGACUGUAGCGACAGAGGUGGUUCCGAGGUCAGUGGAUGCGGGGUACCUAGUCACCAAGAUCACUGCGCUAGAUGCGGACAUAGGACAGAACUCCCGCCUCUCCUACCAGGUGCUCCAGGCUACAGACCCGGAGCUGUUUAGUGUCGCGCUCUACACAGGAGAAAUUAGGACAAUUCGCCGGUUCGUGGAUAAGGACGCUACGAGGCAGAGACUCGUCAUCCUGGUCAAGGACAACGGCCAGCCGCCUCUCUCCGCCACCGUCUCCAUCCUCCUCUCCGUGGUCGAGAACGUGCCCGAGUCCCUGUCUGAUUUCAGCGACCUCACUCUGAGCCCACAGCCCCCCUCCAACCUCGCUCUCUACUUGAUCGUGUCACUGAGCACCAUCUCGCUAAUCUUCCUGGUGGCUAUUAUUGUGCUGGCUGGGGUCAAAUGUUACAAGGACAGAGACACCCUCAGUGGGUACAGCCUCCCUCCCUUCGCCUGCUGCUGCUGCGGGGGCUUCCAGCCAGAGCCACCCCCCGAGGUAUUCAAAAAAUCUAACCUGAACCUGCAAAUCUCCACCGGGGCUAAAGUGCCUACCAACUGCAUGGAGCCGUGCAGCCCCAGCAGUACCUCGAGGAACAACGAGUCGAAGGGGGCUGACAACUUUGCCUGGAGCGCGCACAACCGGAGCGCAUCGGUGAAUAACAAUUCCGGAGCCACCACUCCGAAUGAGCUCAAGCAACCAAACACAGACUGGACCCUCCCAAAGAACCAGAAGUCCUCUCUGAAAAGCUAUAACUCUAUCAACAUGGACGGCACUCUGAUGAGGAAGGCCAUGCAUGCAGACCCAGAGAACUACAUGACACCCAUGACGGGCCAGUACUGGACCUGGGGCACCCACAUGAGGGACUACAAGAUGUCUCCUCCUGUCACUGGGCCUCCUCCUCGCUCCUGGACCCCUCUGUGCACCCCUCCACCCCAGCAACAGCCCCAACCCCAGCAGCCUCAGCAACCUCCACUCCCCCCUCACCCCCAUCCUCACCCUCACCCUCAACCACCUCCAGACUACCAACACAACGUGUACAUCCCUGGAACGCCGUCGGCCCUGUGCACCCUGAGGCCAGCAGCCAGCCACCACCGCAGCGAGCUGGAUGUCCACAACUCCUUCUCCACCUUCGGCAAGAAGAGACGCUUCAUCCACAACUACGAGCCCCGGACAGAAGCAGCUGUCAUCAACAACGACCUGUAUAACGAUUAA